AUGGCUUCUCUCGGCCACCAACUUCGACCGAAGUGCAUCGCGACGACAAGAACACGGGACGGCGACUCGUCGAGCGGCGAUGAGAAGCCUCGGCCUCAGAGCGCCUUUCGACAAGCGCUUUUCAGCCCCGAUGGGACCUCCGUGAUCACGCGAAGCCAAGACAACUGCCUACGCACUUUUGUCUUGCCAACAGAUCUCCUGGAGGAAUCCGAUGGUCCGAAGCAGCUGCGGCCUUAUGCUUCCUGGCAGUCUGGCAGCAAUAUCCAAAAUCAUGCGUUGUAUCCAGGCUUCGACCUUCAGAAUGCAGCCACGACUCUGGUGUUGACGGGAAGUGCCCAUGUUCCGAUCACUCUGAGGAAUGCAUUGCACUAUGACACGAUACACGGCAGCUACCCGCUUGUCAAAUCCCAGACCGAAGCGCAUCUGCCUCCUCGUAGUCUGCUAUUCACACGUACCGGUGAGCAUUUCGUGGCUGGCAGCGAAAAUGCCCUGGCUGUCUUCGACUGCAGCAGAGCCGGAGAAGCACCCACGAAGUUCACGCGUUUGACUCCAGCGAAGAAAUCUCACCGAGGCGGACUUCAUGGAUUGGCUCGCAAAGCCUUCGUGUCAGCAAUGAGUAUUAGCUGUGAUGGCAUACUUGCUUUGGGCACUACACAGCGCGAGGUCGCCCUCUAUGAUCAUGAUGCCUUGGGCGCUUGGGCGUCGACUUUCAGCGUGGAGGGUUUCGGCAAUGGCAUCUCGGAUCUAAAAUGGAGUCCUGAUGGAACGUAUCUGCUCGUCGGCGAGAGGCAGAGCGACCGCAUUCAGGUUUUCGAUAUUCGCAACACGCAACAGAAGUUGGUCAACUUGGUAGGCAGGCACGCUGAUACGCCGCAGCCACUUUACAUGGAUGUUAUACAUACGGCAUCUGGCUACGAAGUCUGGACUGGUGGAACUGACGGCCAAGUAAGGGUGUGGUCGAACCCUGGCCAAAUUUCUGACGACCAGCCACCUGAUGCUGAACUUCACGUGAAUAAUGCAGCAGUGGCCAGUGCUGUCUGGCACUUGAGCGGCGCCGUUCUGGCAACGGCAUCCGGGCAUCAAUCUCUUCCCGGUCGAGCUGAUGAAAGCGACAGUGAAGAUGAAUCAUCUUACCGAAGUCAGUAUCACUCGGACGCCGAUAACGCGCUGAAUAUCUGGACUGUCCCAACACUCCGCUAA